AUGGCUUUAGGCACUUUGUCCCGACUCGAGAAGGUCACGGUGCUGACUGGAGUUGCGGCGAGUGUCAGCUGUUGCAUAAACCAGGAGAUUGACACAAGGCCUAUCGCGCCUGCAACAGUACAGGCAGCCACCCAGCUGGUGCUGUCAAUGGGUGGCUUUCUCUUUAGCCUGCUUCUUCACUGGAGGCAUUCCGGCUCCUUCUGGUCCCCUUUAAAGCUGCUGGCUACAUCGACGGUUUUCUGGUGCACGGCCGAGAAUGUGGAUGCUGCGCUGGGAGGCAUCCUCUUUGGGGACCAUCCCUGGGAUCCUGAGAGGAUGCAGGUGCCUAUGGUGGGAUCCAUGCCCGCCCAGCAACCCAUGUCCUUGCAAUGGCACCUCUACCUUUCUUUGCUUCUGGCAGACACCUGCCUCGGUGGUUUGGGCGGCCUGGGCGGCCUGGGCAGCCCGCACGGCUCGGAAAACGUGGAGGGCAUCUCCUGGCCCCGGGCUGCGUUGGGAGCGCUUUUCGCGACGCUGCUCGAUGCUGCGGCGGAGCCAGCAUGGCUGGCCUCGCGCCUCUACCGCUACACCGCUUGCUCAAUCGAGGGCUACUGUGUCUUGGGUGUCGAUCCCAAGAACUACGUGUCAUGGUUCCUUCUGAUGUCCCUGUGCUACCGCGCCUUCCUUGCAUGGGAUGGGUUGCCCGUCCUUUCAGUGGCGCCGACGUCCAUUGUCAUAAUUCCUUAUGUUGCCUGGUCCUCCGUGCUGGUAUGGUACAUGAACUUGAUUGCAGCCUCGGGUGGUGGAGUGGGCGUGCAGCUGAACAGCUUGUUCAUCGGUACUGUGCCGUUGAUCUUUGCGACCUGCUGUGCGUGCACCAAACCACGCCCAGAAGUGAGGAAGCAGCACAGCAGUUGA